UUGUUUCUUUUGGGCCAUCAGUGAUCAGUUAGAUGCCCUGGGGAUGACUGAACAUACUCACACGCAGUUGAGAAGCAAAGUAAUUCAUCACAUGCAAAAUUUAUCAGAGACUGACAAAUUGGAAUUAGAGCAGUUCUUGACAAGUGACUUAACCAAAUAUAUUGAAAAAAUGUCAAAGAAUGGAACCUAUGCAGACCAUGUGUGUUUACAGAAUAUGUGCAAAGCACUGUCUUGCAAGAUAGAUGUUGUUCAUGGGGAUACUCCUAACAUAAGCAUUGGAGAUGGAGACAGUAACAUACCAACACUUGUCGUUGGUUACAUUCCAGAAAUUGAGCAUUAUGUUAGCUUGCAGCGGUUAAAUAGGUAAGACAAAAUAAAUAUCUUAUAUAAAAGGAUAAAUUUAAGCAGGUUUCUGUUCUUUGUCAGAAGAAUUUUACCAAUAAUUAUAGAUGUGUAUCUUUU